AUGACACCUAAGGAAUUUAUCACGGGUUUUCUCAAGAAAGAUCACAUGGAAUUGAACUACCGGCGACGAACCUGGGGAACAAUUUAUGGAUCCAAUUCGACAAUUGAAUUGGUUUUGGAAAUAGCUAAGAUCUUCCGCAAGAAAGAUGCCGCGCGUCAUCGGUGGGUCGAUUUUAUUCAGGCCGAGGCCGUCUUAUUAUGUCGGCAGGAGAUGUCUUCACGGACGACAGGCUCAUUCAUGAGCUCUUGA